UUUAUUCCUUUGCACGUAUUUACGACAGCUACUUGCACGCAUUUAUAGCUAGAGACAAAAUUGAAGUCUCAUGGUCACAUGUCCUCCACCAACCCUAGACAGUAGACAGGGAACAAUCCAAGAAAGGCCACGAUGGGUAGGUUUCCAGAUCUCGACAGGAGGCAGAAGAAAAUGAAGCAGUGCCCGAGGCAGCAAUCAAGAAGCUAACCAGCUCAUGCACAGCUGAUGAAGCUGAAAGCGAAGUCUAUGACCACAGCUUCCUCACAGAUCUGGAGACUCCAGAGAAAUGGAAGCACUUGACCUAAACCUCCCUCCGCUGUAAUCUGAAGAUGCUUCCAAGGCUGAUUUGUUAAAACUCGGGGGAAAUUGAUCUAUCUAGAAUAUGCAUCCGAGCAGUCUAAAAUCGGCUGUUCGCAGAUCGUUAACCAGGUCGCUUCUAUUUCCCUCUGAUGAUGAUCAUGAAACAGUCCAGCCUAGAGCAAAUGGGAAUGCCAAAACAGCAGCUCGCCGAGGCAGAAAUCCAACUACCAAGAAGGGUAAAGAAGAAGAAGAAGAAGAAGAAGAAGCAAAAAAGGCCUUGGCUUACAGAAACAGCAGUGACUUCCAGCUUAUGCAGGUGUCAAGAGAAGCUCAGAAACUGACACAGAUGAUUGAUUCAUGGUCAAUGGCUAGACAUGUUGCAGGUAGAUCAGAAUUUUUCACGGAAGAUCUUCUUAGAGGUGCGGUAGGUCUGCAGGAGUCACUGGGCAUGCUUAAAAAGCUUCAGGAUACAUCAAAGAAGAUGUCCCGAACCAGUAAUAAUCCAAAACAAGAAGUCUUCACUAAGAAAGGCACAGAAAUGCCACCACAAGAGUUGAGUUUUGAAGGAUUCAGAGUCGGUGAUUACCGAAGAAGGCACCAUGAACCACAACCUUCAUCUGAUGACUUUUCAAGGAAUUGCAUGGAAGAGCUGAAACAAGUCAUAAAAGAAAGUCUUUACAAAGAUAAUAUACUGUCUGAUGAUGAUAAGAACUCCUCUAGUAGGUCAAUGCGAUAUGGUACGAUCAGUAGUUUGGAGGAUAAGUGCUUAAACACUGAAGUACACUAUUCAUCUGGGCAACCAAAGAAAGCUAGAUCUUCAAAUCUAGUUGCUAAACUUAUGGGUUUGGAAGAAGCCUCCUCAAAAACUAUUCAACCUAUCAGUAAAGAAGAAAAGGAUUUUGUCAGCCUAAUGAGGCCUAGGUUCGAUGUAGAGAUGCCUAAAACAAGGAAGUCACAUUUUCUUGUGCAGACUAAUGCUCAAGAAGAUAAUGGACCAGAUGACUUCAUCGAAACUAAGCAUCUCAAAGGACUUUUGAAGCGAAGCCAAAUUGGAGGAAAAGGACUAGAACCAACAUUUUUUGGUACUAAAGAACUAGAACAGUGUCGGACAAGCCUACAAAGGAUUGAUCAGCUGCCACCAAUUGUGAUAAUGAAGCCUCUGCAUUUGCACCAUCGGAAUACCAGUGUUCAGAACGAACUUCCUGAGAAGGCCUUGAUACAAGAAAGGAUCCAAGAAAUUAAAUUGGGUCAAGUGAACAAUAGAUUGGAUUAUUGUAAACAUACUUUAGCCGAGAAACAAGAACAGAAAGAAUUUAAGCAUAUGGAAAAGGAUGUUGCUGAAACAUUGCCCUAUUAUGUUACUCCCUCUGUAUACAGCAAACGGAUAAAGAAAAAGGUGAUUGUUUCUCACAGGCUGAACGAUGAGGAGAAGAAACCAUCAAGACUAAGUGUGAAGCAGCAAGAAGAAAAGGGACUUCAAUCAACAAGGAUAAAAAUGCUUGUGCAAGCAAAGCAUAAUGGAGAAACACAACAUCCAGAUUUGGGGUCUCAUUACAGAGUUGUAGCAAAGUCAAUCACCGAUUCUUCAAGAGAUAAGACUAAGUCACAAGUAAAAGCAACUAGGAGAGCUGCCAUGACCGUUGCUGCAAUUGAGGACAAACAAUGCUAUGAUAAUGACACGGCGAUUAAAUAUUGCAUUCAAGUGAAUGAUGUUCCAAAACCAGUAGGUGGUUCCAACAGCAGCAAACUCGUUGAGCAGAUGAAGAAAGUGAAGAAUUCGUUGAAUUCAGACAACCUGAAUGAAGACCAUAAAGCUAUACCGAGGACCUACCAGGAAGAACGAAACUCUAAAUUCACAGAAGUCAUUCGUCCACCUGGUUACAAGAAAGUUGGAGUAGAAGCUUCAAUAGGAGAUGAUCUCAAGAGUGCUUUUCUCAGCAGCCAAUCAUUUCUGAGUUGUGUAAAAAAUUUAUUCAGUGUUGAUGCCACUAGACCCAUCAACUAUCUGAAACAAAGCACAAACAGUGAUAGAAAAGUGGACCCACCUAAGCUAUACCUCGACGUUUCAGAGGAGCUAAUGGCACGAAAAUACAACCAGUUGAAGUAUACAAUUCAUCCCCUGCUGCAAACCCAACCAUGGGGGAGGAUAACAUACUUGUCCAUUGACAAAUUGGUGGAGGAAGUUGGUAACGGGAUCAGCAAAUUGAUAAGUUACAAUGAUGUCAAUGGUGUCGAUGCUGGUGAAGGUAGUCUCCACAUAAGGUUGGAGAGAGAGCUAAUGCCCAAAAAUACUGUCAUAAAUUCUGCAUGGGACAUCGGAUGGGAGUGGUGGAUAUGCUUGGAAGAGGCUGACAAGGUUGUUGAUGAAGUUAGCAAGCAAAUAUUCUCUCGGCUGGUUGAGGAUGCUGCAUUGGAGUUGACACGAGACUCUGCCAACUACUUUGAACACGAGGAACUUGAGUCUUUCCAAGCAGAAGUAAAUGAAGGUGCCUGUUGAGUGGGUGAAGAAGCAGCCGAAACUGCAACCCACAACACACUGCCAUCUGGGACCAUGUAUCACAUCGAAUUCCUGCAGCAAGGACACUCAAAAUUACUUAUUCAGAAGAUUAGAAGAAAAAGAAGAAGAUGAUGAAGAAACAUUUUUGAUGUGAGCAGCUAUGUCACUGCAUUCAAGGACAUCAAAGAGAUCAAGAGCUGCGUAGGCACUGGACAUGGCAUGCAGCUGCAUCUUCAAUGGCAUGUCUGUAUCCAGGAUCACUGCCUUUCCUUCCAGCAUUUCUCUUCUCUGCAGUUCCAGGACUAUUUACUCUUAUUUGCUCUCCAAAUUAGAUGUUCGACGGAAAGGAGAUGAGAGGAAAAGGCUUUGAAUUUAUAGAGAUAGGACAGAACUCCAGCUUGGCUCAAUAAAGGAUGAAGUCAAAUGACGACCUCUGCGAUUUCAGUGGCAAGAUUGCUGACUCAUAUCAUCGUCACUGCUGUGAUCUUUGUUUCAAUUUAAGUGGUCAAAGCUGGCGCCCAGGGAUAUAGUGCAGUGAUAAAGAAUUCAAAGAAAUAAUCAAAAUUUAAAUCUCAAUCAGAUAGAAUGUAUUGAAAGUCCAUUUCUGAAUACAAAUAAAUUGUAUUUUAAAUUUAUUAAAUAGACAGAAUGAAAAAGAAAGAUCAUUUAUCUAAUA